GUGGGCAUAUUUAUGCAGAUAUUUGUGCAAAACAAAGUGUCUUUAUGAGCCUGACAAUGCUUGCUUUGCAACCCAAUGAGGUUUUAAACGGUGACAUGAUCAAUUCCCCGAUUUAUUAGAAUGUAAGCCAUUAUUUGGCACACUUUGCGUCCACGCACAAAAUAAAUUGGAAAAAAAUUCGGGAAAGCCACCCAGGCUAAUGAAAACACACUUGAAACUCGGAUGCGGUGUCGUUUCACACAUUUCGAACCGUUUCGGGCUCGGAAAGCGACAUUUAAGGGGUUUUAAAUGGAUUGUUGCUGUAGGAAGUUCAGACAAUGCAGCCACGUGCUCGCAAGUUUGGGUGUCCUCAAAGAGAAACUUUGACAAACCAGCACAGGGAGGGCUGCUAGUUUGAUCUUGUUGCUGGCGUAAAACGAAGAAGCGGGUGAAAUAUAUGGUCAUUUUUGCAUGUUGUGAUAACAAAUAAUUAAAAAAAAAAACCCGAGACAGCUCGUGCGAAGAUUACAUGAGCAACACCGCAUGCGGGGUGAAUUAUUGAUUGCACGAGACAAAUUAUUGGAUGCAAAGCAAGCAUUUAAAGGGGUUAACUGGGAUUAAUUUUAAUUAUUUUUCACAUUAGUUUUAUGUUAGAGGUAGGAGGACAUGAGCUGCAGUGCGUAAUAGGAGGAGGAGUGGAACUUGGGACGCAGCGGUUCUUUUCUUUUUUUUUUUCAUUUUGAUAGUCGGAAUAAAACAUCAUGACAGUCCUUUUAUUGCCUACCUGGAGCACUCUUUGACCAAAUCUGACAAAGAUGGUGUCUUCCCCCAUCUGUGUCUCCCUGUCAUCUAGGCAUUGCAUGUGCCAACUUUUUUCUCUGAAAAUGCCUUUGUAAGAGAGUCUGGCUCGUCAUCCUCGCCCGGGAUUCCCCGCAAUAUUUUCAACAAGAGAAGAAGAAGAAGGGGGGGGGGGGAAAUUCUGCAAAAAUGGACAAAGAAAGUGUUGGUACUCAGUAUGAGCCUGUGGCCGAGAUUGGAGAAGGCGCCUACGGGAAAGUGUACAAGGCGAGAGAUUUGAAGAACGGGGGACGCUUUGUUGCCCUAAAAAGAGUUCGUGUCCAGACGGAGGAAGAAGGCAUGCCGCUCUCCACCAUCCGCGAGGUGGCGGUGCUGAGGCAGCUUGAAGCCUUUGAGCACCCCAAUGUUGUCAGGUUGUUUGAUGUGUGCACAGUCUCUCGGACUGACCGAGAAACCAAACUCACUCUGGUCUUUGAGCAUGUAGAUCAGGACCUGACCACCUACCUGGAAAAGGCUCCUGACCCUGGAGUACCGCCUGAGACCAUCAAGGAUAUGAUGUACCAGCUGCUCCAGGGGUUAGACUUCCUGCACUCGCACCGCGUGGUUCACCGUGACCUAAAACCCCAAAACAUCCUGGUCACCAGCGGAGGACAGAUCAAACUGGCCGACUUUGGUCUAGCUCGCAUCUACAGCUUCCAGAUGGCGCUCACGUCAGUGGUGGUGACGCUGUGGUACAGAGCCCCAGAAGUGCUGCUCCAGUCAAGUUACGCUACACCGGUGGACCUGUGGAGUGUCGGCUGUAUCUUCGCUGAGAUGUUCAGGAGAAGGCCGCUGUUUAGAGGAAACUCGGAUGUUGAUCAGCUUGGAAAGAUUUUUGAUGUUGUUGGGGUACCCUCGGCAGAAGACUGGCCCCAGGAAGUAGCCCUGCCACAGAGUGCCUUCACACCCCGGCCCCCGAAACCAAUAGAAGACCUAGUUCCAGACAUGGACGAGCAGGGACGGGCCUUGUUAAUGCAAUUCUUCACCUUCAACCCGUCCAGGAGAAUAUCGGCCUUCACUGCGCUGAGUCACCCCUACUUUCAAAGCGUGGACAGCCACAGCAGAAGUGUGUACGCAGCCCAGCCCAUCCCCAGCAACAAGUCCACGAUGGAGGAGAGGAGUGCCUGAAAGUCCUCUUUUUUUUCCCCUUUAACCCCCCCCCCCGCUCCCCUGGCUAUAAGUAUUUACCGUAGCGUUCCUAAAAAGUUUGUCAUGUUUUAUUUCAGCGUUAAAUCAAAGUACAUUAAAGGUUUUUUUGGCACUGAUUACCAAAAAAAGGUUUCCCUUUCAACAAAUCCACUCAAAUCAAGUAAAAACAAAACAGCUGGUUACAGGAGAGUCCAGAAAAGGCAUCAGUGUUUGAGUACUGCAGCUUUUCUCCAUCAUGAUGACGCCACACUGUGAUGAGGUUUACAUUGUGAAUUUCAAAAUCUAUCCUUUGCUUUAUUGAUCUCUCUCCUCAAGGGCUCAGUGGCCUCCUGCAAAGAUGCGUCACCACCAACCUAUAGCACUUAGUUAUUGGUCAGAAAGCUUUAGUUGAGGGCGAUUGCCGAGCUGUGUUUUAAUGUUUGCCCUACGUGCCAAAUACAGGCUGACAAGUAAUGAGAUUUUCCAGCUGUUGGGCCCUGCAGGCGUGAUCUUAACUAAACAACAGCACAUCUGGGUCUCCAUCAGCAGCGCUCAGCCACAUUAGUUCAAUUCAGUUUUAUUUAUUCCGGAAAGAUAAAGGCCAAAUCACAACAGCAGUCACCUGGAGAUGCUUUAUUUUGAAAGGUAGAGACCCUUGAUACCAGAAACCUGAUAAGCAAUGAGUUGUAUGAGCUGAUGCAAAGUGUGACACGGUUUAGAGCGGUAACAUUCGCACUCCUUAAUAGGUAGCUUCGUUAAAUGUUCUGUCUUUAUGACUUUUUUUCUGAUAAUCAGUGUCAAAAAAAGCAUCACUAAUGUUGGUUUUACGUUACAUAUAAAACGAAGCCUAAAACAGACUGCAGUGGGCAAAUACUUUCCCCCUGGGGCGUAUAAAACGCUCUGGGGAGCAGGGAGCGGGUGAAGAUGGCGUCAAACGGAUGGCACCAAAUGCCCCCCAGAACCCUGCACACACAAGCUGUCAUCCUUCCACGAACUGAUGGAUUGUAAAUGCUGCUUUCAGGAUGUGAAAUGUUGUGUAACAAUGCAAAGUGACCCAAUCCUCAUAUGGAUUUGGAGUUGGGACUGUAGAGUCCGAAGAGCGGAAACCUCCUUAUGCCCAGUGUUUAUCCUUAUCAAUGGAAAAAAAAAAAAAAAAGACUCUGGACUGCAGGAGAGAGAGAUAGAGGACCAGACCAGAGCCUGGAUGGAUCUCACCUGCCUCUUUAUUUUUGUUGUCUUGUUUGUUUUUAUAAAUAGCUUGCUUACUGCUGGUGUGUGCAGUGAGAAGACGAACGUUUCACACGCACAUUUAUUGUCCCCACUGCCGCUGACAUAAGCACGCUCAUGUACUCAGACAUUGUUAGGCAUCACAAACCAGCCACCCACUGCCAUGUCCAUUAUCAUUCCAGUUUUACCUAUAAUAAUGGUGCCACCUUGUGGAAGUGUAGAGUAACUGCAGACCAGUAGCGGGAUUCUAAUGGUUUCUGCACACAUUGAGGAACUCGUAACGGGGCUGAUAUCGGUGCUGAGACAAUGAGACAUCUUGGAGUUGUUCCUACCACUUACAUAGACUUUGACUUUUUAAUGACUUUUAGCUGUACCAUCGUGAACUCUUUGUUUUAUAAUUAUUGUGAAAUCCAAUUAUUUCUUUCCAAAUCAUACCGUAAUGCACAGACAGAUCUGCAGGAAGUGUCAAAGAGAGACCCACAAGCACUAUUCAUUCAACAUGGUAGAAUUUUUGGCACACUUUUGUGUCACUAAUAUUCUGUAUUUAAUUUUAAUUUUAUUGACGAGUCUUAUAUACUUGUAACUUGAUUUUUUUUUUUUUUUAAUUUUUAAUGCUGGGGUAUACAGUGUUCUUACACCAGUGAUGCCAACUCGUUAAAGGAUUGUAGAGUCCGUGUAA